GUUGGUGCGGGGAGUUGUUUUCAAUGCGGUGCGUCUUACAUCAGCGCUAGAAAAGAGCUCAGUUGUUCAAAACACCUGCAUUGCAAGGUUCAAUGUGUCUCAAGUCUCUCCUUAUCAAAACCAAAAAGGUAAUUACCAUGCGCGACGCGCCUAUUUGAGAAGUCAACGAAUAUUUGAAAACGCGCCUGAUUUCUUUUGCAAUGGACAGCGUUUGAGAGACAGAAAACCCGACAGCUGAAGAUCGCGCUGACUGAUACUUGCGGUCGAGAAGAGGAGCAGCGGAGCCACCUCACGCACGCACACAAACACACACACUCACGCCCGCUCGCGCUCUUCCACACACACGCGCUCAAUCUCUCCACCGCGCGCACAGACGCUCAUCCACCUGACCGUAUAAGCAUUGUUACAUUUUCAUCCACUUAUAAUCCGCGCUUUGAUCCACAAUGGAAGAGAACAUGGAAGAGGGACAGACACAGAAAGGGUGCUCUGAAUGCUGCCUCAAAUGCUUGAGUGGGAUUCCCUAUGCCUCUCUGAUCGCGACCAUCCUGCUGUACGCCGGGGUGGCACUCUUCUGCGGCUGUGGUCAUGAGGCUCUCUCUGGAACCGUCACCAUCCUCCAGACCUAUUUCGAUGUUGUCCGGUCGCCUGUUGAUGCCCUGGAUGUCUUUACCAUGAUUGACAUCUUUAAGUAUGUGAUCUAUGGAGUGGCAGCAGCCUUUUUUGUCUAUGGUAUUCUGCUGAUGGUGGAGGGAUUUUUCACCACUGGGGCCAUUCGGGAUCUCUAUGGGGACUUUAAGAUCACCACCUGUGGGCGCUGUGUCAGUGCUUGGUUCAUCAUGCUUACUUAUAUCUUCAUGCUGGCUUGGCUAGGAGUAACAGCCUUCAGCUCCCUGCCAGUCUUCAUGUAUUUCAACAUCUGGAACACCUGUCAGAACACCACACUGGUGGAAAGUUCCAGCCUUUGCUUCGACCUGCGUCAGUUUGGAAUUGUGUCCACUGGUGACGAGAAAAGACUGUGCACCGCUUCUGAGAACUUCAUCAAGAUGUGUGAAUCUAAUGAGCUGGAUCUGACAUUCCACUUGUUUGUCUGCGCACUUGCGGGGGCUGGAGCAGCCGUUAUUGCCAUGGUGCACUACCUGAUGGUUCUGUCAGCUAACUGGGCUUACGUGAAGGACGCCUGCCGGAUGCAGAAAUACGAGGACAUCAAGUCCAAGGAGGAGCAGGAGCUUCACGAUAUCCACUCUACUCGCUCUAAAGAGCGUCUGAACGCAUACACAUAAAGCAUGCGCUCAUUGGCACACAUAUGAAUAUAUGUACACACAUACACACACACAAACACACUCAAGCAUGCCCUUCCCCUACCUGAAGACACACAUAUAAACUAAACUUAACUAUGUCUAAUUUCCAUGGUUUCCAGGGGUUUUAGAUGGGAUGGGAUGGGGAGGUAAAUAACUGUAAUACAUGAUAUGUACGGGUGUGACCCAGAAUGUUGGUCUAGGGACGUGCUUAUCGUCUCCAUUGCAACGUCUCUGACUACCCAGGAAUUAUCUUGUUUUUUCUUUUUUUGUUUUCUGAUUUCUCCUCUACCUCCCUUUUCCUUUGACAUGUCUGAGAGCACAACCUGAUAAACACACUAAGUUGAGUGGCGUCUCUUUUGUACCACAUACUUUUAGGUCUCAUUGGGUCUUUUAAGGGGGUUUGGGUUUAGCCAAAGGGAUUACAGAACACUUUUCACAUUUUUGUAUUACACGCUGAUGAUUCGCGUUCACUCUAUAAACGGCUAGUCAUGAUUUAGAUUUUCUUUAGACUUUUUAAAAAACCAAAAUGUGACCAAACUUGUAAGUUAUGAUUUACAGGUAAAUCGCUCAAGCUGCUGCACUUACGGCAGCAACAGCACAAACAAUGUACAGAUUCUUUUUCCAGCAAAUACAGUUUUGGAGAGCCAGGGAUUUCAAAAAGUACCUUAAAGUGACUUUUACUGCUAUACUGUAGCUUGGCCUAUUUCUAUACGCUAGCUGUGCACAGUACUAACGGAAGGUGGGACACUGGUGCUUAGUAAUGUUUAUUGAGCUUUGACAGAGAUGGCUGAUGAUUGGGAAAGUAAGAACGUCUCAAAUCAGCUAGAGCGGUCAAGUUGGAUUUGCCUUGGGAGACUCUAAGGAUAUUUGUUUUCUCUCAUCCACAGCAAGCCAUACUCUCACAUGCAAAUAACAUUUUCAGGUGUUUUAAUGCUUAGUUUUAGCUUUAACUUUUUAAAUGCAAGUAUUCAAACAAAAACAGGUUUUUCCGUCAUUCCUCCGAACUGUAUAUAUAUAUCUAAUUAAAUGUAUACACAUUUCAUGUCAGUUUCUAAAACGCAUCUCGGCAGUCAGUGUUAGGUGAUAUUCUUGAGAUUGUCAUUCAUAUCGGAGAAGUAUAAAUCUAAAUGGAAAAGUUGAUUGGAACUACUCUGCCAAACACUGUGCAAGGUUAAAUAAACAAGGUAUUUAAAUUACAUUCGAACAUGUUUCGAAUAAAAACAAGUCAGAUAUGGGAUGUACAAGCAUGUGUUACUCCAAUCUCAGUGUUUUGGCUCGGUCUUGCCAAUUUCAGUUGCCCUACUUUUGCAGUAAAGUACUUUUGUCUGUGUCUCAAAAAAAUAUAAAAUAAAAAAACAAGCUAGUUUUUGUGCACUUAUGGAUCAUUGUAAGUUUUUGUGUAAGUGCAUUUGGAAUCAGAGCUGAGUCCUUGUAUUCUUAUUAGUCAUGCAGCUUUUUUAAAAACCAGAAACUUGUAUUAGGUUAAAAACAAAUAUAGUUGUUAUUUGUGGCAUGGUUAUGCAUCCAGUGGUAAUAGUUUUAACUAACUCGAAAAAUUAAAAAAAAAAAAUCCUUUAUUUUGAUUUUUACACUUAUGACUGUCUUGCUGGGGUCAAUUAUAUAUUUUUUCUAAAUGUGCAGUUGCUACGCUUACAAUAUCAAGCUAAAUAUCUUAUUAGGUUGUAGUGUUUGAGUUUUGUCUUAGUUUGUGAUGAUUUUUCUGAACCAUGUCUUAUUAUGAUGUUGCAUAUCCAGUAUAUCCCUGACAUUGCUUUCAGCUUUAUCCACAUACUGUACUAGUUUUUUUUGUACUUUCACUGAGAAUGCUUUGUAGCAGGCAGUAAAAUUAACUGGUUUUGUACAUAAAUGUGCCAACAGCUUGACAGUGUUUUUUUUUUUUUUUUUUGAACUGUAGGAACAAACUUGCUUGCUUAAAUAAAGACACAUGUGUACUUGUUAA